AUAUGUGUGACAUGACAUAAGACAAAUCGCUAAAGAGACGAAAAUUCGAAUCAAAAAGUACUCUGUGAUUCAAAUCAAGAUUUUGAGUUAUUAAAACUUAACAAGCCGGCUGUUGUACCAGUUUAUGCAAUAAUUCUUUCUAAAAAGUUCAAAACGUAACACCCUUGACUUCGAUUUGAUGAAGGAUUGAAAAAUUACCAUGGCAAAACCCGUAACACACGUUCUGUUUGACAUGGAUGGGCUGAUACUAAAUACAGAAGAUUUGUAUACUGUGGCAUUCCAAAAUAUUGUAUCACGCUAUGGCAAAAACUACACCUUUGAUUUAAAACUGACACUCAUGGGCUGUCAGUCUAAAGAAACGGCUGAAUUAAUAAUAAGUGCUCUAGAAUUACCAAUGACACCUGAAGAAUUUAUAAAGGAAAGUAAAGAGCAGUUUGAGGUCUUAUUUCCAGAUUCAGAACUAAUGCCAGGUGCAAAAAGACUUAUAGAGCAUCUACACAAGAAAGGAAUACCUAUAGGUUUAGCAACAAGUUCAAGUGAAGAAAGUUACCACUUAAAAGUAGAUAAACACCAUCAAGAUUUAUUUGCUUUAUUUCCUUAUAAAACAUUUGGUUCCUCAGAUCCUAAUGUAAAAAGAGGGAAACCACAUCCAGAUAUAUUUUUGGUUGCAGUAGCGAAAUUUCCUAAUAAUCCAAAACCUGAACAGUGCCUUGUUUUUGAAGAUGCAGUGAAUGGUGUGAAGGCUGCUAGAGCGGCAGGCAUGCAAGUUGUAAUGGUACCAGAUCCCAGAGUUGACAAAAGCUUGACUGAAGAAGCUACCGUUGUUUUAAAAAGCUUGGAAGAUUUUAAACCAGAAUUAUUUGGACUACCUCCAUUUGAAGACUAAAUUGUUUUGAUUAUGUAGUAUAAUACUAAUUAUUUAUUAUUGUGAUAAUAUAAUUUUACUAAAAGUAGUGAAACUACAUGCAAUGUACCUACAUAAAUGUAAAUAUUUUCAUGUACAAAGUACACGGACCCUACUACU